ACUCUUAUAUAUAAUUCAAAAGAUAAUAAAUCAGUUAGCGUUUGAAUUUUGAAUUUUGAAUUUUUUUUGAGAAAAAUAAAAAUUAAAAUGUAUCAAAUUCCUUUACCUUUGGCAGAAUUAGAAUUGGAAAAUCCUCCCGAUGACACUGGAUUAACCAUGUCAGAAAAACGUUCCAUUAGAAAUGUUUGGAAUAUGAUAAGUCCAGAUAUUGAAAAGCAUGCUUGUGAACAAUCUGUGAGAUUUUUAAUAGAAAAUGAAGAAAUAGUGGAUAAAUUCAGAAAUAAACAAGGAGUUAUUAAUAUAAGGGCCUUGCAUAAGCAUCGAUUUAUGGUAUUUCAUGUUCUGGAAAUACUUAUUUUCAAAGGAUUGGAGGGAUUGCUUCAACUGAAUGGUAUAAUAAAACCUAUUGCUUUUGCACAUUUAAAAAACGGUAUUAACGAAGAUAACAUGAGGAAAAUGUGCUGUAAUUUGAGCAAUUAUUUGAAAGACGUUUUACAAAAAGUUAUGUCACCAACUAUAGAAACAGCAAUCGAUAAAGUUUUUAAUAAUAUUUUGACGGCCUACCAAUAGAAAUGUCCAAUGCGGCGAUAUUAUUUUUACUAAAUGAAAGAAAAAGCAAAAGGUAAUAAAAUAAAAAUAAAGACUC